AUGCCUACUACUUUAAAUGAACAACAGGAAACCAUUAGGAAAUUUCGCAGUAUUGCUAAUUUUCCUACAGUAAUUGGCGCAAUUGACUGUACUCACAUACGAGUAAAGAAAGUGAAUGCUGAUGGGGGUCAGUUAUAUAUUAAUAGAAAAGGAUUUUCUUCAAUUAAUGUACAGGUGGUUUGUGAUGCUGACCUGAAAAUCAUGGACAUUGUUACCAGGUGGCGUGGUAGUGUACAUGACUCCAGAAUAUUCCGAGAAUGUAGACUAAAACAGAGGUUUGAGGCUGGUGCAUUCUCUGGAAUAUUACUUGGUGACAGUGGCUAUCCUUGUACUCCUUACCUAUUUACACCGCUGCUGAACCCCACAACACCACAAGAAGAAAGAUAUAAUAGGAGCCAUAUCCGUACCAGGAACACAGUGGAAAGAUGUUUUGGUUUGUGGAAGCAACGGUUUUGUUGCCUAUUAAGAGGUAUGUUUGGAGAUAUUGAAACAGCAAAAAAACAAUUGUUGCAUGUGCUGUACUACACAAUAUGGCCAUCGACAUGA